AAGUUUUACUUUCAGCUAAAACAGUCGAGUGGUAUAAUUCUUGCAUAUUUAUAGUUUUCAUUCCCCAGAAAUAUGUCUCCUUCAAAGUGACAUUUAAGUCCUUAUCAUUAUGUAUACUGCUCAUCUCAUGGUUCAAUACCAUCUAAUUCCCUAGCUAUUUUUAACUUUUACAUCUUUUCCGGUGACCCUUGACCUCUUUCAACUAAUGCUUCCUCUCAGGAAAGGCAAAAUUUUAGACCCCACUACAUUGAAAUCCAUUUCUAGGAUCGAUUAUGAAAUAAAAUAGCCAUCUACCACAAUUUGGGCGACCCAACUUUUUUUUCCAGAAAAUUUCUGUUAAAGAGCAUGGACAUAAAGGUCAUUAACUCAUUUACCAUUUGGGACUACAGUGAUCUUGCCCAGACUCCAAAGAAAGAUGGCCCGAGAUAAAAGGGGGUUUGUAAAAGGGAAGGGCGACCAAAGGGCCUUGAUGGGCGCAGAGAGGCGCAACGAGGGUCAAGAUGCACCUGCUUUGCAUUAUUGAUUCUGACUGUAGGGACAAGAGAAACAACCCAUGCAUGGGCCGAAUGCCUUUUUUUUCUUUUUCUUUUUUCCUCUCCCUCUUCUGUUUGUUGCUUUGCCUUUGGGAGUUAAAGCCAUGGAAAGCACUCAGAUAAUGAAAAGAAAGGACUGUCAAACGUGCCGGAUCUGGACACUUGCUUGUGGACAAAAUCCUUCAUUUCAUAGCCACCCAAAUCUGCUGCGGCUGAAAUUAUGUAGGCGAACGUGAUUCUUUUUUUCACGCCCCUGACUUCUCAAUCAAUUCCAAAUGGGUCCCCGAUUGUGAAGAGACCGUUUUGUGCCAUCCUGAUAUAUAAUGACACUGGUGUUCUAACUGAUACAUAUUGAAAAUUAGACGCAUGAUUUGCUUGAAUAUUCACAAAGAGAAGUGUAACCAAUCAUCAAUCUGUGUCGACAGUUUGGUCCUACUUGAUGCUAAAAGACCUGAUCAUGGUCCACUUCCUUAGACAUCUGCCUUGGUCAUGGCUGUGGGACAAAUACGAGGGAGAGAGUGGGCAUGGAGAAGAGGAGGAUGGGCAAAUCAGUCAGUGAAAUACUCCAUAAAGGCCAAACAUUCCUCAGACUCUUGAGUUCAUUCAUUCGGGGCAUUCCGUAAUGGCAGAAGGCCAAAACUCAACCGAAGCAAUCAUCAUGUCUGCACUCUCCACCCUUUCCGCUACCCAAAUCUCACACCUGACUCGCUGCGUUUACUCGAUUCUCCGCUACCACCACCUCCGCCUCUCCUCUCUUCUCUCCUCCCCUACUAUCUUCGCCCACACCCUCCACCACCUCCACUCCAUCUCUCUCCCCCAUAAAACCCUCCUCAUCGCCCGCCACCUCCUCUCCACCCUCCAUCACCUCACCCGCUUCUUCCAGUCCACCGUCCCUCCUCCAUACUCCCGCACUUCCCUCAAAUUGCGUGACCUUGACGCCGUCUUGCUCCUCCUCCUCCUCUGCCAGCUCCGCCAGCACGACCCUCAAGCCCUCGAAACUUGCCCAUCCGAGUGGCGUACUAUUCUCUGCACCCAUUUCUCCAAAACCAUGUUGUCGCUUUCGGGCACUGGAGCCACCAGCGGUGCAGUUCUGAUUCCGUACAUCGAGGUCGCAGCACGGUGCCGGAGGUUCGUUGGGGCAGUCCUGAGUGGCGGCGGCGGCGGGGGAGGAGAGAAGUUGGGGAGGGAGGUGGGGGCAUCGACAGCGUCGGUGGUGGCUCUGCCGUCGGUCGAAGUAAGCGAUGGUGGAGUGGAGUGCGUGAUCUGUAAAGAGGAAAUGCGGCAAGGCAGAGAUGUGUGCGAGUUGCCAUGUGAGCACCUGUUCCACUGGAUGUGCAUUUUGCCUUGGCUGGUCAAGAGGAACACCUGUCCUUGUUGCAGGUUCCAGUUGCCGUCCGAUGAUGUGUUCGCAGAGAUCGAACGGCUCUGGGACGUUGUAGUGAAGUCAAGCAGUGUGAAUCCUCAUGGUGAAUGUACAUGAUGGGUUGACGAUGCGGACUAAGCUGAUGUAAAGUACACGUGUCAGAAUCAGAUAGCACAUAAAUGUUGUAUAUGAGGAUGAGGUUACGAGUGGGAAGUGGUUGGGGCCCGCUGCUGGAAAUGAAUGGGUGGUGAUGGAUGGGCUAUAUAUAAUAUGAGGGUUAACUUGUAAGUUGUGGGAUGAUAGAUAACACGUCCUUUUUCCUAAUAAAUAACGAAUAAGGCACAAGGCAUUUCCUGUU